AUGGCCACUACAAGCUUGACGGCUUCUUAUCUGACGCCGGACCCAAGCUUCAAUUGGUUUUUUCUCCUGGAGCUUAUAGUCUGCUGUAUUCUUGUUUUGUUCUUCCUGCUCUACUUCAAUCGGCUAUUCGCGACCCUUCUAUCCUACGCAAUACGAGCCUACACCUGGCACUACUACAGAGUCUAUGUCGAUAUCAAUGCGCUACAGAUCUCAUUAUUGGGUGGCAGAAUAUUCUUCAAGGGCAUUCGAUAUCAUGGCGUGAACGAGACGAUCUUCAUCCAUGGGGGGUUCAUAACAUGGAGGUACUGGAAACGCCCGGUGGCACGCACCGACCUUUCCGACGUUCAAGAGGAAGCAAGUAGCCAUGGCACAUCGGGGAACGGAGGAAAUGGUUCUGCGCCGGGCGCCAGUAACAGAAAAGCCGACCUCGGAGAACAAGGUGGAACCGAGAAAACAAUUGAGCUUCCCUGUCGAAUUUCAAUAAAAGUCUACGGCUUGGAAUGGUUCAUAUACAACCGAACCCCGGCCUACGAUAGUAUUCUUGCUGGCUUCGGAUACACAGACGGGUGGAACGAUGACGAAAACAUUGGACACCCCCAAUCUGUCGCACGGCCAGAGCGGACCGACACAACGUUCUCAAUGGAGUCUGGGCGUGGUAACAAGGAAAGCUUCGACGGAGUCUGUGAUCGAAACACGGGGGAAAAUCUGGAGUAUCAAAACUCUAAUAUUCCAAAUGCUGGACUCUCGGAGCCGGUGUCGAAUUUGCUUGAGCUCUUGCCAGUAAAACUUGACUGCACCAAAGGGGCGAUUGUGAUGGGAAAUGAAAAUACCCGCUCUGUCUUGACAACUACCUUUGAUGGUGCAACGGGAAAAAUUGCUGCUUGCAAGGCGGGUCCCUUAGAUUUGUACCGACAGCUCUUUUCCUUUCGGCUGAAACACCCAGUGAUCCAGAUGCGGCCUAAUCCCGACUUCAAACAGACACAACUGGCUACCGCUAAGGUAUUGAGCACCGAAGAAGAUGCAGAACCUACUCCAAAGGCGAAGCUAGGGAAUUAUUUCAGCUAUCGGUUUCAGAGACGCAAGAUAUGGCACAGCAUUCGAGACCUUGUUCCUUACUUCCAAACCUCAGUGGAGUCGUUCAGUUUGGGAAAGAAAGCUGCCAAUAUGCCUAGAAGUCAAGCGGAUUUUCCGGAUAUUCGCUGGGCUGGGCUUUCCCGAUAUCUGGACGAGGAUAGCGAGGAUGAUCAUGAAAAAUGGAACUCAGUCGAGUAUGCUCGAUUUUCCACUAUUCUUGACGGUACAAGCCUGGACUUGACUUAUUUCUGGGAUAUUCCUGGGCGUGUCAGGCCCGAACAUAUGGUAUUCGCCCAGGAAAUGGACACAAACAUCAACCAUGCCCCUCCUCCACAAUGGGGAAUUGAUCUUAAGAUAGACGGUGGAAUGAUCAACUACGGACCCUGGGCUGACAGAGAGCGGAUUGGCCUGCAAAAUGUUUUCUUCCCCAAUUUUUAUCGGAGUGCAGAAUCUGCAGAGCCACUAAAAGCCGGCGAGUUGAGACAAGGCACUUCAUUCAAGUUGCGUAUUGAAAUCAGCGAUGAGCUUAUACUCCGUAUUCCCACCCGAGAACAGUCGAAGGACUGGCAAUGGAAAGGCCGUGCAGAUACCGUUGGAGGGACCAAACCGAAGAAGCAAAGCGAGAAAGGCAAAUCACGCCCCAAAGAAGGCGAAAAGGGCCAUAUUGGCCCCGAUAUUCGUCCUUUUGGGUGGCUCUCUCUUCGCGUGGGUCCUGAGUCUACCAUCACCUAUACCAUGGACAUGGCAGCAACAAGCGCAGGGUAUCGAAAUGAGCUUGCUCUUGAAUUGCGUGACUCCAAGCUGACAUCCAGCGUAAAUCAUGGGCUACUAUGGCAGUGUCCACGACAGUUUGUCACUUGCGACUUGUCUAAUCCCCUCUGCUGGAACAGCCUACGGUCGUGGAAGUUUAUCGUUGAAAGUGAUGGAAUGGAGCUCUUCCUCUUGCGAGAUCACAUUUUUCUCUUAACUGAUCUCGUGAGCGAUUGGGCAUCUGGGCCACCAUCCGAAUAUUACACAUAUGUUCCAUUCAUUUACAAUAUCGACCUUAGCUUCUCGAAACUCGAGCUACUGGUCAAUGUGAACGACCGAAACAUCAUCAGCAACCCCUCUGAUCGUGAAGACAAUCGAUUCAUUGUCAUCAAGGGCAAACACUUGACGUCGAAUGUCAUGAUCCCCUUGAACAAAUAUCAACCUGAACAGAAUACAGUGGAAUUCAAGGUUAAUCUCCAAGACGGAGGUGUGGAUCACUUGAUUCCUGCAUGGGAUACACACCAUGCCUUCUUGCCAGGAACUUCAAUGGCAACACUGGAUAGCCUGCUUAUUGAUGGCGCUUAUACGUACUUCCUUUCAACGUCCCCAGAAUUCACAGAUACUCUGGUACUUAACAUUGAUGGUGCUUCGCCGCGAUGUUACCUCUAUGGUUUCUUGGUCAAGAGCUUCAUGGCUAUCAAGGAGAAUUAUUUUGGCGACGAGAUGCAUUUCAAGACCCUAGAAGAAUACCAAGAGCUGGCCUACGCAGAUGAACCGCCCACGAAUCCCACAGGUAUUAACCCACACCGAAGAUCAAAUGACAUGGAUGUCUUGGUCCAUAUCACUGUGGACAGUCCUUGUGCUCUACUCCCUGAAAACAUUUACGACCACUUGCAAUGCACACGACUUCGCGCUGCUUCCCUUGAGGCCGAUUUGCGAUUCACCAACUACUACAUGGACAUGCAAUUAUCAAUUAGUCCACUCAAGAUGGAUCUACAGUCUACACAGGAAGAUGGCUCGACAUCGGUAUCUGAAACCCAGCUUUUCAUUGACGGAGUUUCAGUCUACGGCCAUCGCCUUUUCGGAUUGCCUCCCGCAGAGCCAACCUACGUGUGCAAUUGGGAUUUUGAAGUGGGUAAGAUUAUAGGUGAAUGCUCUGCGGAGUUUCUGGCUUGUUUGGCCUCCAGUGUCAAAAGCUUUGAUUUUUCGUUUGACAAUGAGGAAAACUCCUUGCAUCCACUAUUUCCGCCUAUUCUUCAUGACGUGACCUUUUUGAGAGCGAAGAUUAGCUCUAUCCAUGUCACUGUCUUAUUGGAUCAAACAGCUCUCGUCCUUGGUUCUAAGCCACUGACAAUCAACUUCAACGACUGGGCAAACACUAAGUUUUCAAAGCGUAUGAAUUUGUGGAUGCCUGACUUGACUAUUGCUGCAGUCGAUCGUCAGUCGGCAGCAAAGGCUUUCCGGUCGUCUGAAAAGAGGGUAGAUCCUCUCGGCAUUAUUCAGGUGACGAUAGGAUUCAAGAUGGCACUUCGGAAACAGGACAUCACCGAAAGCAGACGCUUGCAACAGAAUCAUAUCCAGGUACAUGAUCAGCGAACACAUCGAGCACAGUGGCUACUCUUUGACUGGGAAGAGAUUGGUCCGAUUUCAUCUGUCCCUCACGGCGAUGGUCUUUCGGUUCCAACAAUCGCUAUACCCUCGAUGCCUGAGCCUAUGCAUCAGAGUUUUGGCUCCGCAAACACCUCGUCGUACAGAGGGUUCUCAGGAACUCAUCUUGCUGGGAGUGCCAGAAGCUUUCUUGUUCACUCUGAAACAUCAAGCCUCAAAAGUAGAAAAGCUCAAGACAAUCAUUUACAACGUACCGCGUCAGACUCAAGCUCAGAGUCAUUACGUCGGCCUGUCGCGCCUCUCCGUGAUGGUAGCUGGAGCACUAUGCAUGCCAGUCGAGCCAAGGAUAGUGACAGCUAUGGCUUUUCCACUCCCAGAGCAACCUCGUAUUCUCCAGCAGCAAUCAGAGAUACAAACCCUUGGAUAUUACCGCGAUUUUCGUAUUACAAGCUUUCUUUGGACACAUCUGAGCUACCGUCAACAACCAGCUACGAGCGUGGCGACAAUGAAGAAGAUACAUACCCGACCCCUCGUUCCAUGUUCUUGACUUUUGAGGAUGACCAAACCACAUACACCAACCUGGCGUUGGAUCUACCUCUGGGCAUCAGAGGCUUUUGCACCCCGAGAUUUCUGUUCAGUCUGUCUGCCUUGCUGGAUGGACUGGAGCCAAAACAUCCGGUCCAGAUCAUUGAUGCUCUUCAAAAAGACGUCAUCUCCGAUAUUGUAGGCUAUGACAAGUCUAUGAGCCAGCCGAAGAAAGCACUUGCUGUUGCUCUCCGUAUUCCUUCUAUCCAAUUGAGGCUAGUAGAUGUUUCGGAAUCUCCGAACAAUAAAUACAUCGAGCUUCGCGAUGAAUACAGCAUUGAAGUUUACCACCUGCGAGCCGAGUUUCAAAGACGUGUUCAACGGCAAAAGGGUGACCUUCUUGAGGGUCUCAAACAAGGCAUUACUGUGCAUGCGGCGGCGGAUCAUCUAUCGGUUUCUGUUGAAGGCAGUCGAACAGACUCCUUCCAGGAAAAGGCCAUUUUUAACUGCAACCUGAGUGAUAUGAAUUUCUGGCUUGUGACGUCCCCUGAUAUUCGCUCAAAUUUGCAGAUGCGAACCUUCAACACUGUUACGUCCGCUAAAUCUGUCGAACGAUUGGCAUUCCUUGUCGGCCGAGCCACGACUAUGUUCGACUCUGUUGCAUCGGCCUUCCAACAUGUCUCAAAUGCGAGUACACAGCGCCUGCAGUAUCUCAUCUAUUUUGUAACGCGGUCAGCCACCGACAUCCCGGACCCAAUCUUCCUUGCACGCAUUUCCUAUGUUCUUCGGGUUGCAUCAAGCCAUUUGCGCCAACAUGACUCUUGGAAAAUCAUCUCUCGCAUCCGGAAUAUCUACAAGAAUCUUCCAGUGCAUCAGCGGCGUGAGCUGGAACGUAAAUGUCUUGCCGACAAUCUUCCAUUGCCCACCAACGCUAGGUCCACUGUCUUUACUGGUUUCGACCAGUGGCGGGCAUGGGACCUAGCACAUGUUGAAAAGAGUUAUGUUAUGCGCAAAAUCUGGUUAAGUCCCGAACCGCAAAAGGCCACUAGCAAGCCCUCGAUGUCCAUCUCUUGCACAGUGAAGACAUUCCGGUUCUCUUUAGACCCUGGCCCAAGAGGAAAUGAUUUUAUUGUCGAAGACCUGUCGACAGUGACGACGCUUGUGCCUGAACACAUAGUUCAAGAGGGUGGUGCGAUGAAGCUCAAGAAACUCAUCACCACACAGGCAUACUCUUCAUCCUCUGCUCUUCAUUUACGAUGGGAGAUUCUGGAUCUUGUUGAGGGCAUUAUGAAAGUCAUGUCAACAGUCACACUUGAGUCCAAGCCAGUUCAACCCUCGCCCAGCGAUGGGGAAACAGAGUCAACAGAGUUGCAGAUUGUCUUAGGCACGGAUUUCGGGUCUAUUACCCUGGAUGGUAUCAAUGUAAAGCUUGCUCUGGUCUCCAAGGCUCUACGGAGUUCCAUUGUUCACAGCUCACACGGUACCAAGAUGACGCGCAAAGAAAAUCUCGCUCUUUUGUUUAGUGCGGAUGCAUGCUCAUCCGAACUCUUGAGUCAUUCUGGAUCGCUCGUGCUGUCCAGAAUUGCAGAUCCUUACUUUUAUUUCUCACUUGUCUCUGAUGAAGACGAGAAAGAGUGUCAGAACGAUUGGAGGGUAGCUGCGUCAUGCAGAAAACUUCGUUUUGAGAUAAAAGAGGAUCCUGUCAGUCUUGCGCAUGUGGCAGAUCGUGUGAUUGAGGAUGAAGUUAAAUACAUCCGACAGCUUGGUGACAAUUGCAAACUUCCAAAGCCUGCAACGCCUGAAGUUGAAAUUCCUCCGGCUUCUAAAAAGCCCACCCACAACCGCAUCAAUGUGGCCAUGUUUUUGGAUGACUAUCAGCUGAGAUUCAGCCUCCUUCCGUCCCUCACAUAUGUCAUUUCUGGCGACGUAGCCCGCAUGUCGGUAAUGCCUACACAAUCGUCACAGAUCGAGGUCGACUUUGAUGUCAAGCAGAAUUCUCAUGUGUUCCUGUCAGGUGAAGGCGCCAAGUCAAGGGCGCUAUCAAAGCUGGAUAUCCCUCCAACCAACGGCCGGAUCCUUGCAAAUCUAUCAUCUCCCCGUAAGGAGCUGGAGGUUGACUUGACCAUUGAACUAAUUCGUCUUGAGGCCAGUGCCGUUCGAAGUCUCUUGGGUGUUCUGACAGGACCUGAUGUAGCCCAUCUGCUGGAGGACCUCAAACAAAACUUGGACGUCCUUCAAUCUCACCUGGGCGAUGCCCUUUCGUUAGAAAAGGCAAAUGCAAAACCGAAAUCUACCUCUGACGAGACUACGAUUCUAUACAAAUCUCGGCUUACAAUGGCUGGGUUUGAGAUACAUGCUGUUGCGCCUGGUUUGAAUGGAAAGGACUACAAAGCAGAAAUGGUGUUUAGUCUUGGAACGAUGCAGAUGAGCAUCCAGAAUGGCCUGGAUCGAGGUUAUUCCAUGGAGUAUCCAGAGUUCAACAUUGAUGCUUCGCAAAUCAGCUUCCUGCUGCGGCGUCUAGAGAGGACCAAGGCCAGAUCUUAUGGCGGUUUCAAUUUAGCUGUCAAACUUCUUGGAACCUCAACUGUUCGUGAAAACGGUGAAGUUAUGCGAGCCUACCAUUUCACAAGCGAUAAAUUCGACAUUGAGCUCUUUGCUGAGACAGCUGCCUUGGUUGUGGAUAUUGCCAUUUACACACAGGAGCGUAUAAAGACAUUGGAUCUGUCCCACGAAGCCAAACGCCUACGCAGACUCCGGCGCCGCCACCAGAAGGAAACAAGUGACACACACACUGACGUUCCCAAGAUUCAGGUAAAUGACGAUGCUGCUACGCAGGUAUUCCUCAAUGCACUAUUUUCGUUGCACUUCCGGGAUAUCCAGGUAGCAUGGAACAUGUCAUCUCCUCUCUCUGGUCGCACUGGUCGCCAACCCGAGGACCUCGUCUUCUCAAUUCAGCAAAUCGAGCUGUCCAAUAAGAAGAAGAACGCAGCCAGGCUUCGGAUUGAGAACAUGCAACUCCAGAUGGUUCCAAUCCGUGCAGAUCGGAAAAAACGGUCGCUGAACUCCGCACUCAUGCCUCAGCUAGUGUUUAAUGUCGCCUAUCAUUCUAUGGGGAAAGAACUCUGGCUUGUGUUCCAGGCAGCCGGCAAAUCGCUCGACAUUCGUGCGACAUCCGAGUUUAUCAUCCCAGGCAAUAUGAUCCGGAACUCCAUCGCAUCCGCAACGGAGGCUUUGCGGGAGGGCAAGGCUGCUUGGGCUACGAAGCCAUCUCCUGAUCCGGAGAACGGACAACGAAGCCAGAGUCUCUUUGGGAACAGGCGACUUCGAUCUGUUGUUGUGGAUGUCGAUUUCGCCGGUGCUACAGUUUCGCUACAAGGAAAACAAAGUCAAGAUCCCCAGACUUUGAUGGCCGCCAACAUGAAGGGUGUCCGACUCUCUGACGCGAAAUAUGGCGAAUACGUACCAGGAGAUUCUGCAACAACGGCGACUUUGCAAGCGCCGGGGGUGGCUUUCAAAGUUCAUUUCGAGGAUAACGGAACCGACGAUCCAGCGCUGAAUGCAGAGUUGAAGGUCGACCCAUCCACUAACGUCUUGUACCCGACGCUUGUGCCCCUGAUCAAGCAAAUGACUGCUACGGUGAAGGAAAUCAUGGGCGAGAAAGAUCAGCAGAGUAGACCACGACGUCCAUCCGCCGCAACAAUGCUACAGCCUCAAAAGCUCAUGCAAGAGCCCCAGUUCAGUGCACCGGAUCCAAGUUCCAUUCUUGGGCGGUGCAAGGUCAACCUCGGAUUGUUGUUCUGCAAACAAGAAUUCAGUCUUAGCUGUCAGCCGAUUGCCAGAGUGGCAGCAACGACACGGUUUGAGAGCGUCUAUGUAACGGUCAACACAAUUCUAUCCAACGAGCAGGGCCGUUUCCUAGCUCUGUCUGUGGCAUUCAACAAUUUAGAGGCCUCGGUGAAGCAUGUGUAUUCUAACGAGUCUACGGCGAGCUUCAAAGUUCAGUCCAUGGUGCUAUCUUUGAUGAACAGCAAGCACCUUGGCCGAAGGAGCGGCGUGUCGGCCAUUCUCAAAGUGAGCCCCAUGAAGGUGAUACUCAAUGCCAAACAGGUGCAAGAUUCUCUGUUGUUCCAAGAAAUUUGGCUUCCAUCGGAUGAUGAGCCUAGCUCCGGCUCAACUCUGCAGCCGGAAGAACCGCAUGAACCAGAGGCUCAGGCCUACAUUGUUCAGCGUUACCAGAAGGUGGCUGCGGCAUCAGCGUUCCCCUGGAACACGACAAUUGCUAUCGAGAAGCUGGAGAUCCAGCUAGAUCUGGGAUCAACCCUGGGUAAGGCGCAGUUUGCCAUCGAUAAUCUGUGGAUCUCCUCCAAUAAGACCUCGGAUAACGAGCAAAGCCUGUGUAUCAACUUCGACUCCAUUGGCAUCGAAAGCAAGGGCCGGAUGAGCGGCGUAGUCGAAAUGCGGAAGCUUAAAGUUCGCACAUCUAUCCAAUGGCCAGAGUCCCGUGAGGCCGGACAGACACCUCUCAUUCAAGCCUCUGUCGCUUUCCAUCAUCUCCAAGCGAAAGUUUCCUUCGACUAUCAACCUUUCCUGGUUGCCCAUAUCGCUAUGUUUGACUUUUUGAUGUAUAACGUUCGGGAACCCUCUGGUGAACAGAGUCAACGACUCUUCAGUAUCCUGGAAGGCGAUGAGGUCCAGGUGUUCUGCACAGCCUUGACAGCAUCUCAAGCCCUCGCGCUCUAUCAGGCCUGGCAGAGGCUAGUCCAAGAUAAGCAAAGCGCGUACGAGGCAUCUCUGCGGGAGAUUGAGCGUUAUCUUCGUCGCAAAUCCUCUGCGGCUCCUAGUCAAAUAGAACCACGCGCAAAAGAAUUGAUCAAAAAGGAUGACGAUUCAGAGAGGACGCCGAUUCAACUGCAUACUGGUGUAGUAGUUAGUAUCCGCCACAUCAAUCUCGGCGCCUUCCCCAGCUCCUUCUUUGACAAUCAGAUCUUCAAGUUAGAGGCCUACGACGCCCAAGCCCGCUUCUCCGUCUCACUGGAGUCUGACAAAAUCCACAGCGCACUGGGCUUGACGCUUGGUCAGCUGCGCGUGGCACUUUCUGGAAUCAGCCGACCCAGCUCCGCCCAACUGGAAGAGCUCUCUGUGGACGAAAUCGCGCAACGAGCUGCCGGGUCUCGUGGUGGCACCAUUCUCAAGGUACCCCGACUGGUGGCGGGUAUGGAGACCUGGCAAGUACCAGGGUCUCGGGAAAUCGAAUACAUUUUCCACAGUUCUUUCGAAGGCAAAGUCGAUGUAGGCUGGAACUACUCGCGCAUCAGUUUCAUCCGUGACAUGUGGGAGUCGCACUUGCGCGCCCUUGCCUCGCGGCUUGGUAAGCCGCUCGCUCCGUCUGCGGUGCGGAUUACUGGUGGCCCUGGCAGCAGUACCGAAGGUGGCGGCGAAGGGGCGGAGCAACAAGAAAAGAUCACUGCCGUGGUGAAUGUGCCACAGUCCAAGUACACAUAUACCCCGUUGGAGCCGCCGGUUAUUGAAACGCCACAGCUGCGGGACAUGGGAGAGGCAACGCCCCCGUUGGAGUGGAUCGGGUUGCAGCGUGAUAAGCUGCCCAAUGUUACGCACCAAAUCAUUAUUGUGACUUUAUUGGAGAUCGCCAAGGAGGUAGAAGAUGCGUAUGGGACGAUUCUGGGAACCUGA